AUGUCGGACCGAGGCUCACCGUCGCCGCGCCACAGCCGCAGCCGCUCGCCAUCUCCGAGAGCCGACGACAAUGAAGACAAGAAGAGUCCGCGCGUGUCUGAUAGCGAGGACCGCGAGGCGUCGCGUCACAGUCGCAGUCGUUCGCCCGCCCCCAAGGCGCCUGCUGCCCCUGUGGACGUUGCAAACCCAGGCAACAAUCUGUAUGUGGCCAACCUGGCCACCCGAGUGGGACAACAGGAUCUGCAGGAUCUUUUCUCCAAGUUUGGGCGUGUGGAAAAGUGCGAGGUGAUCGUGGAUCCUGUCACGAAAGAGUCGAGGGGCUUCGGCUUCGUGACGUUUGAGGACGUUCGUGACGCGGAGGAUGCAGUCAAGGAGCUGAACAACCAAGAGGUCCAGGGGCGGAAAAUGAGAGUGGAACACGCCAAACGGAAGCGUGGCCACGAGAAGACCCCCGGACAGUACCUUGGACCGAGACUCGCCAGCGCAAAGUACGGCAGCGGUCGUGACCGUUUCAGCAGAGAUCGCAGUCGGGACCGAGGACGGCAGAGUCGCAGCCGAGACCGUGGUGGGUACUCGCGUCGCUCUGAUGACAGGCGUUACGAUGACCGUGACAGAGGACGCGGUCGCUACGAUGACCGCGAUCGCGGGCGCGGGGGCCAUGACGACCGACGACGCCGUUAG